AUGAAUAAGAUUUGGAUAGUGGCUUUAAUCGAGGCAAUUUUGGUACUUAUCUACUGCACAUACCUUGCUUAGUAGUACGCUGCAAAGGAUCGAACACCCCUUUAUGUAAAAGCACUGACUGUGAUCGGAUGGUUCUUUGGUCUUACUAUAAUUAUGCUUGUACCUCUGGAUAUAUAUACUGUAAAAGUAAAUGGAGAAGUAGAUGAUUUCCUAGUGGUAUGGUGGUAUGUGAUAUAUUGGGCAGUAUUUUUGAUGAACUGGUUUAUAUUGCCUUUCUUAAUAGAGUAUCUGGGGGCCGCUGAUUUCACUGUGAAAGAGAGGAUUAUGAGAUCGAUUAGAAAUAAUGUUCCAAUGCUGGUGGUUUAUCUUGUCUUAUUCAUUAUUGUUAUCAUAAUUCUCGCUGUAACUAAAUCAGGAAGAGAAGCUCUUGAAAAUGAAGGAAUUGUUGGAUGUAUCAUCGGUUUAUCCUUGGUCUUUGGUCUGCUAAGCAUAGUUAUUUUGUUAGGUUAUGGCCUAGUGAAGAUUCCAAUUUCUUACUUUAAAUUCGCCUCUAACUAUAAGAAAUUGAGGCACUAUUAAUAGAAGGCAGCUGAGUAUGAGGGCUAGCAUAGAGCAAAGAUCUAAAAGGUUCAGGAUAUGAUUAAUAUUGGGUACAUGAUAAAAGUAAAAAAUGAAUUAGAACUCUACAGAAAAGUCAUUAUUGAAGAUAUUGAUUCGUUUUGUAAACAAAUAGAGGAAAUCGGAGGUCUGAAUAUGCAAUAUAACCCUAGAAAUAAGUUAAAGAUGCCUAGUGAUUUCAAAGGCUUUAUUGAUUAUAAUAAACUAGUGAGAUACAGAAAUAAAUUUAGAUAAGAGUCAACUGAUUUAUCGAGACUUACUUCUUUUAGAGGGGAAAACAUUGAAAAAGCCAUAUUAACUCAAGAUAUUAUUGACAGCAAGGGUUAAUGGGCGAUUUAAUCAAUACUAUUGAAAUAAAGAGGCAACUCUAAAUUACAGAAAACUAUUAAGCUAAUAAUGUAUAUAGUAGUUGCAUCAAAUUACGGUUUAUUCCAGUUAAAAGUUUCAAAUAUUUAUGCUUUGCAUAAAAAUAAACAAACAGAUUCACCUUGCUUACUCUAUUCCUGCUUAUUCAUGAUGAGACUCGGAGUGCCCAUCUGUUACAACUUCUUAAUUUUAACUUAAAUGGAAGAUGCAGCUGUGUAUAGAGUUAUGGGUCCAGUCAGAUAUGUUCAGUUCUUGGGAACUCAUUUUAAUCAGUGGGUAUUCCCUGUGUGUCGAUUCUUGAGUUGCAUUGGUCUUAAGCAAUAUGCUUUUGACAGUGAGUUUGCAGAAGAAAGAGCAGAAGAAGGGAAAUAUAUAAUUGAGAGAUAAAGAUAAGAAAAAUAUAGUUUCAGCUCAACAAUAAAUGGUAACUCGUCAGCCUUGGAUGAGGAGAGUAAAGUUCAAAAGUAAUUACUAUUUGCAAAACAGACUCUUUUAGAAUCACUUUAAAGGAAAAAUUAAAACUAUUCAGAGAUCCCUCCUAGACGCCUAAAGCAAACAGCCGAAGCGAAAGCCUUAUAGAUCAAAGUGAUCUCUCUGAAAAUAAGUAGUCAACCUAUGAACAAGAGAGAACUUAGAGUUUUCAAUAAAGCAGUAAUUCUAGUGGGAAAUAUUAGCUUAGUUUCAACCUAGACGAUGAAGAUGAAAUACAAAAAGCAGGCAUUAAAAGUUUACUUAAUAAAGUAUUCAAGAAAAAGAAGUGAGGAGGCUAGUUACAAUGAAAUACGAGCAUCAACCUGA